UCUCUUUUAUUUGAAUGCAAAAUGGAGAAGAAUAAGCAAAUAAGUGAACCACUUUUAAAUAGUACAGAAGAUAUUCAAGAGGAUAUCAUACUGGAUAAUGAGUGGUCAUCCAAGAGAAACCCUCAUCAACCAUAUAUUUCUAAAUAUAAACUAUACAUCAUUGGUAGUUGCUGCAUCACUAUACUAAGUACUCUUAUCAUUGCUCUUACUUUAUCGCCCUUUAAGCUGACACUACACAACUAUACAAGAUCAGUUGAUGAUAAUGUAAAGCCUAAAAAUAUCAUCAUGAUGAUUAGUGAUGGUUUAGGUCCAGCCUCCGUUUCAUUUGCUAGAACAUAUUAUCAAUACACGAAUAAUAAGCCGUACGACUAUCAGAUGCCACUAGACACCAUUCAUAUUGGUCAAUCACGCACUCGCAGUUCUUCCACACUGGUGACCGAUAGUGCUGCUGGUGCAACAGCCUUUAGUUGCAACAUAAAAACAUACAAUGGUGCUGUAGGAGUGGACCCUCAUAAAAAUCCCUGUGGCACGAUCCUUGAAUCUGCCAAACAUACUCAGGGAAUGCUAACAGCACUUGUAGCUACGUCACGCAUCACGCAUGCUACACCUGCUUCUUUUUCAGCGCAUGUCACAGACAGAGAUAAUGAAAACAAGAUUGCCGUGCAACAAAUUGGAGAUAAUCCAUUAGGCCGUAGUGUUGAUUUAAUGUUUGGUGGUGGCUAUUGUUACUUUUUACCCAAAUCGUCCAAAGAUAGCUGUCGCUCAGACCAACGACAUUUACUGAAUGAGGCCAAGGACAGAUAUGAUUGGAAUACGGUCAUUUAUAAUAACAAGACCGCAUUUGAUGAUUUGCCUGUUGACCCUAGUAUCUUACCAGCUAUCAGUUUGUUCUCCUUUGACCACAUGGCUUAUGAAAUCGAUCGAGUCCCCAGUAAGGAACCUAGUUUAUCCGAAAUGUCUCAAAAGGCUCUUGAUAUUCUCUUCAAGGCGACUGAAAACAGUGACAAGGGAUUCUUUAUCAUGAUCGAAGGCAGUCGAAUUGACAUGGCUGCUCACUCGAAUGAUCCUGCUACACAUGUGCAUGAGAUUCUAGAAUAUCAAAGAACAGUAGAGCUUGUCAAAAAAUACGUGGAUGAGCAUCCAGAUACUAUCAUGAUUUCAACAAGUGAUCAUGAGACAGGUGGACUGUCUUUAGCCAGACAGGUCUCACAGGCAUAUCCAGAAUAUCUUUGGUAUCCAGACGUACUUGCCAAAGUGAAGAGCUCAACUGUAGCUUUGGCAGAUUUGGUAUCUCAAAAUAGAACAAAAGAAUUCGUUGUAGAAACAGUCUUGAAAGAUCGUCUUGGAAUCGCGGAUGCAACUGAUGAAGAAAUUGAACAACUGCUAAAAUCAGGAAGUAAUAUUGACUAUUAUCUGGCAGAGAUGGUCUCUAUUAGGGCUCAGCUGGGAUGGGCAACUCAUGGCCAUAGUGGAGUAGAUGUUAAUCUGUAUGCUUAUGGAAAUGGUACAGAAGGACUUGCAGGCAGCCACGAAAAUACAGAAAUAGGACAAUUUAUUACCAGCACAUUUGGCUUGAAUCUAAAAGGAAUCACAGAACAAUUAAACAAAAAUAAUCCAUCCUUUCACUUAUCAAAUAUGACAGCUGAGGACAAACUGGAAUAUAACCGUGUCCUUCAGCAUUAUCAUUUUGUUCCUUCGCACUUGAAGCAUCCUAAUUUAUAGAAAUAAAACUCUUUAAACCAUGAAAGUUAUCUUGUUACACCUUGUAAACAGACACAAUGUCUAUCACUGAUUUACAAUAGUGUAACAGCUAAAAUCAAGUACUUAAAGAGUCAAUUCAAUUCUAAUUGACGUUUUUUACAAGUUGCAUAAAUGACAAUUCAUAAUUAAAAAAAAAAGAGGAAGAGCAGAUAUUUGUGAGCAACAAGGUUUUUCAUGAGUAAUGCUUUUUCUACCAUUUUCAUAAACCGACA